GCCCUGGGGUGACUCGGAGCGGCAGACGUGGCUCGCAGGGCGGCGGCGUGUUUGCGACUACUUCGAGACCAUCGUGUCUCCCCUGCACCGCAUCCCCCAGGCGGUCGGCGGAGAGCUGGUGGAGUACGGGGCGAUCGACUACCGACCUCAAGGAUCGGCCCUCUUCCCGCUCUUCGCUUUUCGCUCGGCGGCCUGGGAUGCGACGCUGCCGAUGGCCGUGAUCACUGGCGGGGUACAUGGCUACGAGCUUGGAAGCCUGGGUGCCAUAGACUUCAUUGCACAGCACUUCCAAGCCUUCGUCGCCCAGAAAUCCGUGAAUCUCCUGCUCCUGCCCUGCGUGGCACCCUGGGGCUUGGAGAUGUGCGAGCGCUGGACGCCAAGAGCGGUGGAUCCGAACAGGGCCUUCAAACCCGAUGGGCAAAGCGAGGAGGCGACGCUAGCAAUGAAAUGCAUUGCAGAGCAUCGCGCAAGGUCGAAGUUCCUCCUCCUUCACAUGGAUCUUCAUGAGACCACGGACACAGACAACACCGAGUUCACCCCAGCUCGCUUUGCGCGCGAUGGCCUCACCGAAGACAAGUACGAGGAGUGGUACGACAUCCCCGAUGGAUUCUACAUCUAUGGGGAUUCGGCGCGUGAGAAAGACCAGCUCGAGUUUUCAAAGCACAUCAUCGCGGCUGUGGAGAAGGUUACGCACAUCGCAGCGGCCGAUGACCGCGGGAAGAUCGUGGGCGAACCCAUCGCUGCACCUGGGGUUCUGCUGGCCCCAGGUGAGGGUACGGCCGAUGCACACACUGAUGCUAUGUACGUGACCACCACGGAGGUCUACCCGGACUCGCAAAGGACAAGCCGCGAGGAGUGCAACCGAGCCCAGGCCGCGGCCAUCGUAGCUGGGUUGGAGUUUGCCCUCGCGCACCAGGACUGA